AGGGCAUUGAUUUCAUCCCAUCGGCCGGUGCGGCAUCGUGCGCCAUGGGUUUCAAAUAUGUCUUCAUUCCAGCUUCCGCCAGUGAUGACAUGCAGGAGUUGGAGUACGAGUCAGACAUCACGAGCCUUGAGGAGGAUACCUUCAGAACCUUUGUGGAGAAGUUCUUUUCAGCAGCUGGUCAAUCCGUCGACCGCUCUAUGCUGCUGCAGCAGCUGAAGGAGCGUACGGGCGUUGACAUUCAGGAGAAGGCUGACAAGGGAGAGAUGCCCGAGGACAUGUUGGAAAAGUUGCUGUCCUCCAACAGCGUGGAGAUCUUUCCGGUGCAGCUGCCCACCAAGGACACCAGCUUUCACGGCGUCAGUGUGUACUUGGACGACAAGGGGGUUGCCAAGAACCUUGAGGACAACUUCCGAGUCUCCGGGCUGGUUCAGGCGUGUGGCUACCCUGGCCAGACCUUCAAAGGGGACGUCUUCCUUGGAAGAAUCUUCGAUGACACAGAGGACGAAUGGAGGCGUUUGGACUUCACCCUGAAGGACUGCUGCACGGAUGCAUCCUGGGUGGAGGUGACCAAGAUGCAACGAGCGAACAGGAAGCAGGGCGACCUGCAAAACAUGGCCAACAGCAUUGGCAUGAACAACCCGGCGCGCAUCGAGCCGUCCAUGAUGCAGGAUGCAGCGCCCGAGGGCGAGACUGCGGACUACUCCUGGAAACAGUCUGAAGACGAAGUGGAGGUUACCUUCAAGAAGGAUGACCUGCAAAAGGGGGACAAGAGGUAUGUGAAGGUGGCCUUUGGCCGGAAGCGCUUGAAGGUGGAAGUCAAGGACCAGGUGAUCAUUGACUCUCCGCUUGCCGGCAACACCACGGCAGAUGAGUGCACCUGGACGCUGAGCGACGGCGUUCUUCAAGUCACGCUGGCGAAGGCUGACGGGGAGACUUGGCCGCAUCUAUUGGAUGCGUGAGGCCCAUUUUGGCUGGCGAUGGCAUGGAGGUGGAAUUGGACAUGUGUGCUACCGUCUUUGAAAUGGUAUUGGUCG